UUUCCCACAUCUUUCUUCCCUCUCUUCAGUUCUAGUAACACCAAAGAGAAAUAUGGCCUUAACCCUACAUUCUUCAACUUCUUUUAUUAAUCUAAAAGACCCAAGAAGCCUAAAAACUCCAGAUGACUUCUCAGGCACAAUUUGCUUUGCAAAUAUAAAGCCAUCAUGCCAUCUACGAGGAAAGAAUUCAUCGCAGGAAGCAGAACUCUCACAUGGGAAAAUCUUUAGCACAGGGGAAUGGAAUACCAAGGGAAGGGUUCAGCUCCAUGGGCUAACAAGUGCUUAUAAUGGAAAUGACUCUAAAGUGCCUGUUUUUGUGAUGUUGCCCCUUGACACAAUAACACUAGGGGGGAACCUGAAUAAACCAAGAGCAAUGAAUGCUAGCUUGAUGGCCUUGAAGGGUGCAGGUGUGGAAGGAGUGAUGGUGGAUGCGUGGUGGGGCUUGGUUGAGAAAGAUGGCCCUUUGAAGUACAACUGGGAUGGGUAUGCUGAGCUUGUGGAGAUGGUGCAAAGGCAUGGCCUGAAGAUCCAGGUAGUAAUGUCUUUCCAUCAGUGUGGAGGGAAUGUUGGAGACUCUUGCAGCAUUCCUCUACCUCCAUGGGUACUAGAAGAAAUCAGCAAGAACCCUGAUCUUGUCUACACAGAUAAAUCAGGCCGUAGGAAUCCUGAAUAUAUCUCCUUGGGUUGUGACACAAUACCCGUGCUCAGAGGAAGAACACCAGUUCAGGUUUACACUGAUUACAUGAGGAGCUUCCAUGACAGGUUCAGAAAAUACUUGGGUGGAAUUAUUGUGGAAAUUCAAGUGGGGAUGGGUCCUUGUGGGGAGCUCAGAUACCCAUCUUAUCCAGAAAGCAAUGGAACAUGGAGGUUUCCAGGGAUUGGAGAGUUCCAAUGCUAUGACAAGUACAUGAGAUCUUCACUCAAAGCAUCUGCAGAAGCCAUUGGGAAGAAAGAGUGGGGAAAGGGUGGACCUCACGACUCUGGUCAGUACAAUCAAUUUCCUGAAGAUACAGGGUUUUUCCAAAGAGAUGGAACAUGGAAUUCUGGGUAUGGACAAUUCUUCCUGGAAUGGUACUCUGGAAAGCUACUAGAGCAUGGAGAUAGAAUGCUUUCAGCAGCAAAAGGAAUAUUCCAAGGGACUGGAGCAGAACUGUCUGGAAAAAUAGCUGGAAUUCACUGGCAUCAUAAAGCAAGGUCUCAUGCUGCUGAACUAACAGCAGGAUACUAUAACACUAGAUAUCGAGAUGGCUACCUGCCUAUAGCAAGAAUGUUGAGUAAACAUGGAGCUGUGUUUAACUUCACAUGCAUGGAGAUGAAAGAUGGAGAACAACCAGAAAGCGCAAACUGCUCCCCUGAAGGCUUGGUUAGGCAAGUAAAGAUGGCAACAAGGACAGCUGGAAUAGAACUAGCUGGAGAAAAUGCAUUGGAGAGGUAUGAUGCAGGUGCAUACGGACAAGUUUUGGCAACAAGUAAAUCAGAUGCUGGCAAAGGAUUGAGGGCAUUUACAUAUCUAAGAAUGAAUAAAAGGUUGUUUGAAGGGGACAAUUGGUGCCACUUGGUAGAAUUUGUGAAAUGCAUGUCAGAAGAAGGCAGGAAAACAAGACUUUCAGAAUUGGACUCUGGUGGGACAAACCUUUAUGUUGGACAUAUCAGAGAAAAGAAUGUCAAGAAAACAAAGGUGGCUGCUCUUGUAUAGAAUUAGAUUAGAUGCAACUUAAAUAAGAAAACUCAAUGUUAUAU